UUUACAAAUGAACUCGUGGAUACCUGACAAGUUUAGCAAAUUCUGCUUAGCACUUUUUCCGAAAAUAGUUAGAAAUCUUGAUUAAGUACAAUUCUUUUGUUCUCUGAUAUAAUAUUGAGCCUAAGUAAUCUUGUUUUAUUAGCUCUGAGCAAUUUAAUUUUUAACCUUUCUGUGCACUAUUGAUCGAUAACAAACAUUGUUCAUUUAGCUAAGUUCUGUAGAACUUUCUAUGCUUGUUUUGGAAGUAUCCAGCGAAUUAGUUUUAGUGGAUGUAGCACUGGCUCACACGACUUGGUCUUAGUUUUUUGGGCUCCCAUUAGUCAAGUGAGUAGGUGUUUUAUUGUUUGAAGAUAAAUGUAGUUCUUGUUUGUAAUUGUAAGAAUGCUGCUUCUAGGAUCUUUGCCACUGACGAAAGUUUAAAAAGUGUUUAUAGGAAACUCCAACUACAUAAAACUUUUAUCUUUGGAACAGACAAAAUAAAGCAUGAGCUGCCAAAUUGUUAGUGCAGGAUAAUCAGCUUAAAUUCUUUUUGUCUUUGACAAAAAACCAACGUAAAGAACUACUUAGUUCAGAAGUAACCCAAAAGUGGUUCCCACUUGUCUCAAACUUGGAGUUCAAAUUUGAAUUUUUUGGUUCCAAAAGCUAGGAUUUGAAAUUCUUGAAAUUCUUCUUUGACUAGGCCUUGGUUGAAUUAUAUUAAAAUAAGAAAAUUUCAUUUUCGGAUAAUGAAUUUUGUUUCCGUAGGUUUCUGAUCUCAUGUGAGCUUUUACAUAUUUAGGCAUCUACAAGAAACAUGUUAUCCAUUGCAUGCAUACAAUUUAAUCCCCCCUUGAAGAGGGAUAAAGAACUAAUUGAAUCCAUGAAGACUUUUAGUUCUAUACAACUGUGUCUUCGUAGAAUGCCUAAAAUUGAAUAACUGGAGAUUUUUUAGUAUGGUAUCUGGCUUGGUUUCAAUCAAAUUUGUUAAGUAGGCUUGUUUUCUUGAGGCAAUUGAUGCAGUUCACAUUAAUUAUAUAUUAUUAGUGUUGAUCUUGUGAAUUGGACCUUUCACGUGGCGAGAGCCACACCACAUGUUCCUCCCUGCUCAUAAUAGCAAACGGUCAAACACACAUGGCCGGAACCAACGGAAGUGUUAUGACCAUAUAUACACCGAUGGUCAAGUCAAUGGACGGUGAUCAGAACGGUACCAGAAUUGUGCAAGAGAGUGGGGAGGAGAAUAUAUUUUACUUAAGUAUGGAGUGCCAAAUAUGAGAAAGAUUCAUUACCUUUGCCUCUUGAUAAACCUUUGGUAUUUAUAGGCCAAAGGUAUUGUUGGAUAUGUGACACGUGUAUGUGUCUAACGGUGUGAGGUGUCUGCUCAUAGGCGUUAAUCAACCGCAUCUUAGAAGGGGCGGGUAAUUAAUUCGUCUGAGUUGUGAGUUGACAUAAGGCUGAGAUGUCACAUCAAUCAAUCCAUGCAGACAAAAGAGGAUCUUGACACAAAGAUACAUCUCUGAAACUGGCUGCGGAGCCUCGACACUUCCCACACUUCGGUAAGGACACCUCGACAAUUACUUUGGUGACAACUUGAGGUUCGAGCGAGGCUCAUGUCACUUUGGAACCACUUCGACUCGAGACGUGGCACCUCACUGAGAAGUAGGCGUGAUUCACUGAGGUGGCUUAGUGAGGGGCGUAACAAUGGUUUUCCAAGUUCAGGGAUGAAUAUUUAUAUCAUUCGUGGACUUUUUUGUCCGGUUGUGUAUGCUUGCCAUUUUUGAGUGUAGGUUUGUCAUCUCUACGGAAGCGUUAAACCUCAGGGGACGACGGCUUGGGAGAUGAUUUGAAGCUUUGUGAAGCUUUUGCAACGCUGCGACCGAGGCGAUAACCCGCAGGGAACUCUAUGUCGGGAGGGUUGAAGCUUUGUAAAGCUGAUAAAGUAGCUCAUUUGCAAUCGAUGCGCUGACCCACAGGGGACGACACUUGGGAAAUGGCUAGGAGCUUUGUGAAGUUUUUGCAAUGCUACGACCGAGGCGAUGGCCCCACAUGGGACUUCGCGUCAGGAGGGUUGAAACUUUGUAAAGCUGAUGGAGAAGCUCCUCCGCGACCAAUGCUCUGACUCAUAGGGGACGACGCUUGGGAGAUGGCUUGAAACUUUGUAAGGAUUUUGCAAUGCUGAGAUCGAGGUAAUGGCCCACAGUGGACUCCCGUCGUCGGUAGGGUUGAAGAUUUGUAAAGCUGAGGAGUUUCAAUCCAAAGCAUGCAAUUUGUAAUCUUGAAUGAUGUGACGGUCGUCGCGUAUUUUCAAGGAGGACAGUUGGAUGUGAUGUUUAUUCUCAAAAAAGGCUACUGUGGCUAAUUAUGGUAAACACGGCUGUUGAAGCUCGAGGCGACGCGUUUGGUGCUUGCGUGAGAGUCGUAGCUAAAUCUUGGGCGUUGAUCAAAUCUGACAUUUCAUUUCAACGGCCUAGAUUUGUGAUGCGAUCAACGGCCCAGAUUGAUAGCAUUUGAAUUCAACGGUGUAGAUCAUCUGAGGCUCCUUAUAAAAGGAUGCCUUGUUGUCAUUCGAAGGUUUUCACUCUUGUAACUCAGAAAACACUUUUGCUCUCAAAUUUCUUUGCGAUUUUCGGCGAUUUUCUUGCGAAUUUUACCUUCUCCUGUGACUUCUUGGCUUUUCUUAAGCUUUUAGACGACUUCCACAAAGUCAUUUCGAACUCUCCGGCGGUAUAACACCAUUUUCAGUUGACCUUCGUAAGUAUUUUCCCAAUUAUUUUGCUUCUUCUCCAUUAAAAAUGGCCUUUGAGGGUAGUGGAACUUUGGGGAGGGAGUUGGAGAUAGUGAGGAUAGACGAACCGAUACUGGCCACUUCAGCCGAGCUGUCCGAGGCUUUUUAGGGGGAGAGAACAUCUGGAGACGACCAGAUAGCCCCGUAGACACUAUUGUGCAUUGGGGGGCGUUCGACUAUCCUUCAAAGUUGAAAUUAAAAGCAUGUUAUUCUCCUAGGCAUUUUGUAGCGGCUAAUCCUAGAGAACAUAUAGAGUUUGAAUUUUCUGCAGCCAAAACUAAGGCUUUGAAAUCAAUUUUAAGUAGUUGCCGGGUGAGGUAAUUGCUAGAACUGUUUGUUAUAUUCAGCAUGUGAAGACACACAAUCAAAACCUUAAUUCUAGAAUUUUCAAAUAUCUUUAAAAACCUGUAUUCGUACAGAUUGGUCAUACACUGCAUGUUAUGGGCAUGUUUGAUAAGCAGAAUUGGAUAUGACUAACUGGACAAUGGACAAUCAUUUCGUACGCCUCUUCCUUAAUCUUCUUGCUGAAUGCAAGAGCUAAGUGAAAGCAUAUAGGUUGGCCAUGGACAUAGAUCUGAGAUUGCCUUCUGGAGACAAUUAUAAGGAAGAAGAUGAACCAAAUGGUUUUGUUAAUAUGCUAGAUAGUGAAGAGAAACCACCCAGCAUAGAUGGAGUUGGUGGAGAUAUGGCAGAUGUUAGGGAAAAGUUACAGGCUGAAGGUGGAGAGGACAUGAAUUCUAUCAUAGCAGAUAUAGAUUAUGUGACAAAUCUUGAGCCACUUCCUGGUAUGGAAUUUGGCUCACAUGGAGAUGCAUAUGCUUUUUAUCAAGAAUAUGCUAGGUCUGUGGGAUUCAAUACUGCAAUUCAGAAUAGCCGCCGUUCAAAGAUAUCGAGGGAAUUCAUUGAUGCAAAAUUUGCAUGCUCUAGAUAUGGUACAAAGCGUGAAUAUGAGAAAUCCUUAAACCGGGCACGAAGUAGACAAGGAAGCAAGCAGGAUGAAGAGAAUGCUACAGGUCGGCGUGCAUGUUCAAAGACAGAUUGUAAGGCAAGCAUGCAUGUUAAGAGAAGGCCGGAUGGAAAAUGGACAAUACAUAGAUUCGAGAAAGAGCAUAAUCAUGAACUACUACCUGCCCAAGCUGUAAGCGAACAAACAGGAAGGAUGUAUGCUGCAAUGGCUAGGCAGUUUGCUGAAUACAAAAGCGCGGUUGGUCUCAAGCAUGAUUCCAGUAGUCCAUUCGAUAAAUGCAGGAAUAUGGCUUUGGAAGUGGGAGAGAUGAGAAUGUUGCUGGAGCUUCUUAUCCAGAUGCAGAGUCUGAAUCCGAACUUCUUUUAUGCAGUGGACAUUGAUGAAAAUCAAUGCCUGAAGACUUUGUUCUGGGUUGAUGCCAAAAGUAGGCAUGACUACAUCUUUUUCAAUGAUGUUGUAUCUUUUGAUACUACCUAUAUUAGAAACAAGUAUAAAAUGCCUCUCUCUCUCUUUAUUGGGGUCAAUCAACACUAUCAAUUCAUGCUACUUGGAUGUGCUUUGGUAUCUGAUGAAAAUGCAGCUACAUAUUCCUGGGUUAUGAAAACAUGGUUAAAAGCAAUGGGUGGUCUAGCUCCAAAGUUAAUUAUUACUGACCAAGACAAAGUCAUGAAAUCAAUCAUUUCAGAGGUUUUUCCAUCUGCUCUCCAUUUCUUCUGUCUGUGGCACAUAAUGGGGAAGGUUUCUGAAAUACUGAAUCAUGUUAUCAGACAGUCUGGAAAUUUCAUGGUGAAAUUUGAAGAAUGCAUCUACAGGUCAUUGACAGAUAAGGAGUUUGAAAACGCAUGGAAUGAAUUGGUUGACACCUUUGGACUCGGAGAAAAUGACCUGAUUCAGUCAUUAUAUGGAGAUCGAUCUAAAUGGGUGCCUAUCUUUAUGAAAAACGCAGUUUUAGCUGGGAUGUCUACAGUUCAGAGAUCAGAGAGUGUGAACUCUUUCUUUGACAAGUAUGUACAUAAGAAGACCACCGUGCAAGAAUUUGUUAAACAGUAUGGAACAAUUCUACAAGAAAGGUAUGAAGAGGAAGCAAAAGCAUCAUCUGAUACGUCGAACAAACAACCUGUUCUGAAGUCUCCCUCGCCGUUUGAGAAACAGUUAGCUGGGAUAUACACUCAGGUUGUGUUUAAAAAAUUUCAAACUGAAGUUUUGGGUGGAGUUGCUUGUAUUCCCAGGAGAGUGGAUCAAAUUGAUGCAACCAUUACUUUUAAAGUUCAAGAUUUUGAAAAAACUCAGGAAUUCACUGUCAUGUUGAAUGAGGUGAAAUCGGAAGUGUCCUGCACGUGCCAUUUAUUUGAAUCAAAAGGUUUCCUGUGUAGGCAUGCAAUGGUUGUUCUUCAAAUCUGUGGCAUUUCUGAUAUCCCAGUACAGUAUAUUUUAAAACGGUGGACUAAGGAUGCCAAGAGCAGUUACUCAAUGAGAGAAGGAUCUGAACAGGUUCAGUCGAGGUUACAGCGCUAUAAUGAUUUAUGUCAACGAGCAAUGAAAUUGAUUGAAGAAGGAUCUUUGUCUCAGGAGACUUAUAAUAUAACGCACCGUGUCUUUGAUGAUGCUUUUGAGAAUUGUUUGAGUGUCAACAAGUCAAAUAAAAAUCUUAUAGAAGCUUGCACAUCUAUGUCACCUGGUCUUCUCUGCCUUGAAGAAGAUAAUCUAAGUGGAAAUCUGAGCAAGUCAAAUAGGAAGAAACAUGCAACCAAGAAACGAAAGGCAAACAUGGAGCCAGAUGUUAUGCCUGUUGGUACACCUGAAAGCUUGCAACCAAUGGAGAAACUGAGUUCACGACCAGUGAAUCUUGAUGGAUUUUUCGGAGCUCAACAAGGGGUACAAGGAAUGGUACAGUUAAACUUGAUGGCUCCCACUCGUGAUAACUACUAUGGGAACCAACAGACCAUUCAGGGACUAGGCCAGCUGAACUCUAUUGCACCUACUCACGAUGGCUAUUAUGGCAAUCAACAAACUGUACAUGGAUUGGGUCAAAUGGAUUUUUUCCGCACUCCAAGUUUCCCGUAUGGCAUUCGGGAGGAAAGCAAUGUUAGAACUGCUCAGUUGCAUGAUGAUGCAACAAGACAUGCUUGAGGACUACCUUUCUAGCUGCUAAGAAGACAGCAGAGAUCUUUCAUUGAGGUGAAAUUAUGCAAUUUACGUUUUCUUUGUGAUGGAUACGAAAAUUACUUGUCCAGAAAAUAAGAAAGCUUAGAAUGCAGCCUUUAUCUCUGUCUCA